AAAACAAAAACAGGGAAAGAAACUAUUUGGAAAGGAGAGAUGGGCAUCCUGAAGAAUAGUCACUGCAGCUAGGAAAUUCCAUGCAACUUCAUUGGAACAGGCUGCUGCUUAGCUGUCCCCAGGAGCUGAUCUGAGGGGGUGGAAUGCAGUGUGAUAGUGCCUGCACUGCCUUUCUGCUAUCAGCCAGUGGAGAGGGUUUUUGUCUCCUGACUGGCUAGGUUUCUCUGCAAUGUUAUCUGCACAGCUCACUAGCUGCUCGUCCUGAAAGCCAGUGACCCAGAAGGGGAGGGUGUCACCCUCUUCUCCUAAGGUCCUCUGCUGGGCUCUCUGAAGAAGCAGGUGUAUGUAUUUGUGGUUCAGAAGGCAGUGGCUCUCAGCUUCCCUCGCUUCCUGCUAACAGAUCCUUGCAAGGGCUCUGGAAGCAUCGGCAGGUGGGGGGACCGGGCUCUUUUUACAGCGGAACUGCUCCUGGACACCAACACUUGUUUGCCCAAGUCUCUUGGAUUGGACUAAACCCUAAACCUUUGGAGUUCAAGACCUUCUGAAAGGGCUAAAUAAACAAUUUCUCCAUGUGAGAAGGCACCAGCUCCUACUUCCUCUGCAUUAGAGCAACUAUCGAAAACACUCAGCUGCCGGAGCCACAGUAGGACAGAACCAUACACCAUUUUGAUCUGGGUGCAUUUCUUCAGAAGGAAGACUGAAGAUCUUAAUAGCAAACCCUCCAAGGUCAAAAUGAAUACAGAUAGCGGUGGGUGUGUUCGCAAACGUGCUGCCAUGUCUGUCACAUUAACAGCUGUGAAGAGAGUUCAGAGUUCUCCAAACCUAUUGACUGCAGGACGUGAUUCUCAUUCUCCAGAUUCAGCUUGGAGAUCUUAUGAUGAGCGAACUCGAGAGACACUGAAUGGAGAUGCUACACAUUCAUCUCUUGCAGCAAAAGGCUUUAGAAGUGUUCGUCCAAAUCUACAAGACAAAAAAUCACCAAUUCAGGCGCCCCUACCACCUCCUAGAAAAGAGAGUUUUGUUAGCCCUCCAGUAAAUGAUCACAAAGAGGGCAGUGUUUUGGACCCAUCAAUAACCAAGAAGCAAAUCCCCUCGAAUAUAGUUUACUUUACUAACGAGGACGCUAUCCAGAGGGCUAUGUGUUCUAACAAGGAAAGUAGCCACACCAUUAUGUAUUCUGAGGAAUCUAACACAACUGUGACUUAUACACAAAAAAUUACUAGUCCACUGAGCCCGGUUUCUGACACAGGCUCCCAACAACCAGCAGCUGACAAUAGGACCCUACUUCAACAGGACUACACACAGGAUUCUCACCUACGGAGAAUUUCUACACUCACAUUAACCCCUAACCAAGAUCAAUCAAAUAACAUUCCUCUGUGGCCCCAGCCCAUUGAAGCACUGGGAUUUUCCCAAAGGCCUUAUUUACCCACCCAUAACCGUGCACCUGAGGUACACACAGCAUCUCUUUCCAUUCAGAUAGCUCCCCCACAUGAGCAUAAAGCAGGACAGGAGUCGGAAAGCCACAAACGAGGACCUGGGCUUUCUCCAGACACUGCCAAGGAGCCCCUUCAGGAACUGGGACCCAGUUCUUCAUUUGCUGUUUCUGAACAGUCCCCAGGGAGCUAUGUGCUUGGAAAACAGAAACUAGCUGCCAGUGUGAUGGAGGCAAAUGCUCCCCCGAUGCACAGACAAACAGCAGCCGCAGAAGCCUCUCCAUUGCGCCCAUUCUCCGCGGGUCAGAUAACAGUGAAUGGGCGCUCAGGCGGGGCCACCAGUCCAAUGAGUUACUUUCAGAGACCGUUCUCCCCGUCAGCCUACUCUCUACCAGCAUCACUCAAUUCAAGCAUUGUCAUGCAGCAUGGAAGGACACUUGAGUCCACUGACACAUAUUCCCAGCAUGCCCAUUCUCUGGAUGGUAGUUCUGCCAGCAGUACAAUACCCAUCUACAGAUCUUCAGAGGAAGAGAAGAAAGUGACAGUGAUUAAAGCCCCCCACUAUGCAGGCAUUGGGCCAGUAGAUGAGUCUGGAAUCCCUACAGCAAUUAGAACGACAGUUGACAGACCAAAGGACUGGUACAAGACUAUGUUCAAGCAAAUCCAUAUGGUUCACAAACCUGAUGAUGAUGCAGAUAUGUAUCACACUCCGUAUACAUAUAAUGCAGGCCUUACUAGUGCUCCCUACAUGACUCAGUCCCAUCCUGCUGCAAAGAUGCAGACAUACAGACCUCUUUCCAAAAGUCUCUCCGACAAUGGCGGUGAAGCCUUUAAGGAUUCCUCUUCCCCUCUGCCUCCUCCACAUGUCCCACCUCCAAUCCCACCACUUAGGCCCAGAGACAGGUCUUCCACAGAAAAGCAUGACUGGGAUCCACCAGACAGAAAGGUGGACACACGAAAAUUUCGUUCUGAACCAAGGAGUAUUUUUGAAUAUGAACCUGGAAAGUCAUCAAUUCUUCAGCAUGAGAGACCGACUGAUCGCAUAAAUCCAGAUGACAUAGAUUUAGAAAAUGAACCCUGGUAUAAAUUCUUUUCAGAACUGGAGUUUGGACGCCCGCCUCCUAAAAAGGCUCUGGAUUAUGGUCAGGACCAUCCUUCUGGUGUUUCCAAAGAGGCCUCUUUGUAUCAGACCUCCUUAGACCGAAGCCUGGAAAGGCCCGCUAGCUCUGCAAGUAUAGCUGGUGACUACAGAAAAAGGAGGAAGAGUGAGCCUGCAGUGGGUCAUCCCCGAAGUGUGGGUGAUCAGAAUGCAAACAGAGUCAGCCCAACCCAAGCAGAUCUCCCAGGUCCAAGCACUACCCUUACAAAAUCAUUCACUGGCUCUUCUCCUUCUUCCCCAUCAAGAGCAAAAGGUGGGGAUAUUAGCAAAGCAUGUCCAUCCCUUUACAAUUAUUCAGGGCACAACCACCACAACUCAAGUGAGUUAGAUUACUGCAGCACAUACAGGCAGCAUUUGGAUGUGCCAAAUGAUUCAAAGCGCACCAUCAACUUCAAGAAUGGUUGGCAGAUGACACGGCAAAAUGCCGAGAUCUGGAGCAGCACAGAAGAAGCAGUUUCACCCAAACUGAAGUCCCGCAGCUGUGAUGAUCUUCUAAAUGAGGACCACGAUGGUUUCCCUGACCCACAGACCAAGUCAGAAAGUCUGGGCUCUCUGUUAUGUGAGGAGGACUCCAAAGACAGCUGCCCACUGACAUGGGCCUCCCCAUAUAUCCCUGAGAACCGUACUAAUGGCAGGUCGAGAAUCCGGCAUAAGUCAGCACAUGAUGCCCCUGGGUUCUUGAAAAUGUACAGGAAAAUGCACCGCAUUAACCGCAAAGAGUUGAUGAAGUCAGAGGUGAUUUGUUCUGUAAAGUCCAGGAUAUUACAGUAUGAAAAGGAACAACACAAGGGCAUGCUGCGUGGGUGGAGCCAGUCCUCAACCGAGGAAGUGCCAAGGGACAUGGUGCCCACACGCAUUUCUGAAUUUGAGAAGCUAAUUCAAAAGUCAAAGUCCAUGCCAAAUCUGGGGGAUGAAAUGUUGUCUGCUGUUACCUUAGAACUGCCUCAGAAUGGAUUGUGUCCAAAGCGCCGGUUUUCCAUUGAAUCAUUAUUGGAGGAAGAAAACCAAGGGAGACAUGUCAAUCAGGUUAACGCUCAAAGCUAUAAGCCUAGAACCCUGGUGCCAAUUCACAUUGAAGUGACCAGUGAUGAACCACCACGAUCUCAUAUGGAGUUCUCAGACAGUGACCAAGAUGGAAUGGUCUCUGAUGUCAGUGACUUUGUUCAUGUAGAAGGCUCAUCCUUCUGCAGUGAGAGUGACUUUGAUCAUUUUUCCUUUACAUCCUCGGAGAGUUUCUAUGGCUCCAAUCAUCACCACCAUCACCACCACCACCAUCACCACCACCACCGGCACCUCAUCAGCUCCUGCAAGGGACGAUGCCCUGCCUCUUACACACGAUUUACCACCAUGUUGAAACAUGAAAGGGCAAAGCAGGAGAAUGCUGAAGAUUCUAGGCGACAGGAAAUAGACUCUGGCCUCUCUAAGUUAGCCUUCCUAGUAAGCCCGGUGCCUUUCCGGAGGAAAAAAAGUGCUGCUCCCAAAAAACAGACUGAAAAGACAAAAUCCAAAUCAUCUGUGUUUGAUGCUCUGGACUCCGCCCUCAAGGAUAUAUGUGAUCAAAUUAAAGCUGAAAAGAGAAGGGGAAGUUUGCCUGACAAUAGCAUAUUACACAGACUUAUCAAUGAGCUGCUUCCAGACAUUCCCGAAAGGAAUUCAUCACUUAAGGCUCUGAGAAAGAGUCCCAUGCACCAGCCUUUUCCUCCCCUGCCUCAAGAUGGUGCUGCCCAUUAUCUACCCUACCAGAAUGAUUGUGGACGAUUACCUCCUAGUGCCUCUUUUCAAGACAUGGAUACAACUAACAACAACCACCAGGACAAUGAUAGUGCCCUGUGUUUCCAAGACCAAGAGUCUCCUAGAAGUUAUUCAUCAGCUUUCACUGACUUGGGUCGAAGUGCUCCCAGGGAAAGAAGAGGAACCCCAGAAAGAGAGAGGCUGCCAGCCAGAGCUGUUUAUGAUUUUAAGGCCCAGACAUCUAAGGAAUUGUCAUUUAAGAAAGGGGACACUGUCUACAUCCUCAGGAAGAUUGAUCAAAAUUGGUAUGAGGGAGAGCACCACGGACGAAUAGGGAUAUUUCCAAUCUCUUACGUAGAGAAACUCAGCCCUCCAGAAAAAGCUCAACCUGCAAGACCACCACCCCCAGCUCAGCUCGGAGAAAUUGGAGAAGCUAUAGCCAAAUACAAUUUUAAUGCAGAUACAAAUGUGGAGUUAUCCCUGAGAAAGGGAGAUAGAGUCAUUCUUCUUAAAAGAGUCGAUCAAAAUUGGUAUGAAGGUAAAAUACCAGGAACCAACAGACAAGGCAUCUUCCCUGUUUCCUAUGUAGAAGUCAUCAAAAAGAAUGUCACAAAAGGUGCUGAUGAUUAUCCCGACCCUCCAAUACCCCACAGCUAUUCUAGCGACAGGAUACACAGCUUAAGUUCAAAUAAGUUGGCUUACAGUGCAUCCUGUCCUCCUUUCACGUCACCUUGCCCACAUUCUGAUAAAGGGGCUGUAGAAGGAACCACCAAUGAAUGGUUAUCACUGACUACGGGCUUUCUACCCUCGAGCCCUCUGACCCCAACUCCACCUCCUUUUCCUGACAACUUCUUGGAUGAAUUAGAAAAGCUUGAGGCUUUAACCUUACCAACUGGACAAUCUGAUCCAGGAAUCCUAGGGAAUAGCCCUGCUCAAGUUAGGGCUAACCCUUCCAUUACCAGGAAACACGAUCCCACUGAAAUGCCAUCCUCUCUGCCACUUCUUUCUUCUUCUGGUACCAUCUCACCUCUAGCCUCUCAGUUCCAUGAUGCAGUGGUAAUUCAGGAUUACACAAAACCAACUGAAAAAAUAUGUGCAGAUUGGAAAGAGAUGAAAAGUUUUCCCACUAACAAAGAAAAAAGCAACUUUUCAAAUAUUGGAAAGGUACCUGAAGUCCUGGGUGAUAAGGUUGCCAUUUCUGUCCAGCAUAAUGUGGGUACCUUGUCCCAAACACUCCCUGUCAUUGAAGAAAAAGAAGAGGAUCCUUGUGAUGAAUUAAUGUCAAUCAUCCAUGGAAGGAAGCCAAAAUUCCAAGAGUCAGAUUUCUUUCAGUAUGAAGCUGAUGUUACUGAGGAGGCACCAAGGCUAUACAUAGAGGAGGAAGAUGAGGAGAUGAAACAUGAUUGCUUAACAUCUCCAGUGGCAAUUAUAAAUGACCCUAAGAUAUCUAAGGAAGAUUGGAGUGCAGCCAGUACCACUAAAGAGCCAGAGUCAUUUUCUCCAGAAGAUGAAAGGAUUACAACUUCCCUUCGCUGCCUUUCCACUAGCCCUCCAUUUCAUUCUACCUUCUCUGACUGUCUCUCUACACUCCCUGGUUCUGCCCAGACCCAUUCACCUCCUCUCCUUACCAAAUUUUCCUACCGACAGGAGACAAUGUCACCCAAGUUAAAGCCACAGCGCCCUGGGUUUACUCAUGAAAACAUACAAGGUGGGGGGGAACCGUUUCAGGCUCUGUAUAACUAUACUCCUAGGAAUGAAGAUGAAUUGGAGCUCAGGGAGAGCGAUGUCAUUGAUGUGAUGGAGAAGUGUGAUGAUGGAUGGUUUGUGGGAACCUCAAGAAGAACCAAAUUCUUUGGUACUUUCCCCGGAAACUAUGUCAAGAGGCUGUGAAUUCUUUUUCUCUACUUAUUUAUGCCGCAUUUCAGCAACACAUCCACAUAAAAUUUCUUGGAAAACAUGCUCCCCAGGCCUUCUGUAUUCAUGCUUCACAAACAGAAGGCUCUAAGCAUCAUCAUCACCAUCUCCAUCCUUCAGUACAGUCAUUACAGCCGCCAUGACACCUUUGGGAGAAGAGGCUGGAGGGUGUUGCUGUAAACUGUACUUAUUCCUGUUACCUGCUUUAAACGUUUACCAUUUGAAACACAAAAACAGAACCUGGAGCUGUAUUACACUUAGAAACAAAAUGGAUGAAAUCUGGGGGACCAAAAGAGCAGCAUCUCAUAGAGAGAGGCUUUUCUGGUCCUCUAAUCAAAGGCUUUAACAAAGGCCUCCCCGAGGCAGCUGGAAGAUAGUGUUUCUUUAGGACAAGCUGAUGGUUGCAUUUCCACUUCUUUAGUUUGGCAGGAUAUAUUACUUUCACUUUGCUGCCUCACAAGUUUGCCUCUUGUUCUAGUUGACAAUAUAUUUUAACUCUAAUCCAGUGAUUGUUUGCCUGCAUUUACUGGUUAUAACAUGCACAGCGAUUGUAAAAUCUCUAGCAAGAGUAGGAACCUUCACUUGGACAAGUAUGAUUUUAUUACCGAAUCUGAGUUUUCCAAUAGGAGUGUUUUCCGGCAGGGUUGGGGAAUUUGGCUUUUUGUUGGUUUGGGUUUUCUUUUUUUACUUUUUAAAAGUGUAAAUGGUAAGAAAAUUUACAACUUUAGUAAUAACCAUGAAAAAAGAAGAGGUAAAAAAGAUGGAUGGCAAAAAAAUUGCGUUUUAAAGAUGCAUUGCUAUUUUAUAUUAAAAAAAUGUAAUAAUCAGCAACUUGAACUAUGAGAUGUUAGUGUUUUAUUUAUCAGAUAAAUUUUAAAUAAAAGCAGUGUUAGUGCAAAGAUUCAUUUGAACAUAGACCCUUGAACAAGAUGCUCACAGAAGGUAUCUUCAAGAGCUAUGUAUUGGUUUUAUUUUUAUUAUAUUGCAUAUGUGUGUGCACAUAUACAUGCAUGAUUGUAUAUGAACAUACAAUACAUAUGCAUAUGUUGCACAUUUAUGGAAAUGUUAGACUCCCAAGGCACGCAUUAUUUUAUAAAAAUAAAUAUAUAUAUAUAGCACUUCAGAAACAUCAGAAGUAUUAAUCCUGGUUUUUGCUUUGCUUUUUUUCUUCAUUUAAUGAACAAAAGCAAUUAUUUGAAUGCGCCACUUAUUUUAUUUCUGCAAAAGUUCAAGUCCAAGUAGUGUUUGUAUUAGAAGAUAGGAGUAUGUUAAGCCUGAGUCUCCCAGUGUGUGUAUUUAUGUAAAUUCUUUCCUAAGCAUAAAGUGGGCACCUUGGGAGUCCCAAGUCUUGGAAUUUAUCAUGAUGGGAUCCUGGAAAGAACACUGACCUUGGGGUCAAGUUUGAGUCUUGGCUCAAUGAAGGGUUUGUCCUGGAUCAUCUAAAUUCCAGUUCCAAAGUAUGGUGAGCCUAAGACCACACUAAAUGGUAGUUAACUGGUAACCAGAACCCACAAGAACAAAUAGCAGUGAAUUUAUGGCUCUGUUACACUCACUCAGAGACCUGGCUUCAGAAUUCUUAUGACUUUAUACAAAAGCUGUUCAUAUUUGGAUUCUUUGGCACCUUAUAAAUGACAGGCUUUUAAUGGCUUUUCACCUGUGGUCAGUGGUUAAUUUUUUUUUCCCCACAAUGGAUGUAGCCUCUAGAAUAUUGUACAUAUGCUUACUUUUCUUUUGUACAGAACCAUUUAGUUGUUGAGUAACAAAUGGAAAAAAAAAAAGUUCGUUUUCAGUCCUCACCCCAUACUUAUACUAACUGAAGAAAAAUUUUUCAACAGGUUUUCCUGGCUCACAGAUCAUGAUGCAUACUUUGAGAGUGCAAUUCUUUGGCAUUUAUGCAAAAUUUUAUAAAUUUUUAAAAAUGGUCUUAGCAGCCAAAUUGAAAUGUAUGUAUAUAUCUUUAUUACAGAGAAAUGUCAUUAGUCUAAAGAUAAAGAAACACCUUUUUGCAGCCUACCCUUCUUAACGCUGCAGUCAUGACAAGAUUUCUAUUGCAAAGGCUUUGGGGCUCACAGCUAGGUCAGCCGCAUGCAGCUUUGCUGAGGAUGACUCUGACUACCUUUGAUGCCAUUUAUGAUAAAAGACUUCAAUAUCUGUUGCCUGUAAUAUUUAAGAAAAAUACUCUUUCUACUCUGUAUCUGAUUUUAAAAAAGAAGGGGGAAAAUAAUUUUUUUCACACCUGGCUUUCAGGUAAUUGAAUUCUUACAAGCAAAGGUCUGUGUUUUUUUCUUGAAUAGACUUCUAAUAAAUUUUGCUUGGAGUACACUUUAGCUUUUCUUCCUGGUAUUUAAUGCUGUGUUAUCUGAAGCAGAACUGUGUAUUUGUAUGCUCUUUGAUCACAUAAACUAAAGGAAAAUGUGC